CAACUCGAAGCUCCAUGACCAUCACGGUUCGCGAAGCUUCAUCAUUUUGUUUCGCAACAUCAACUAACCCACUAACUUUCUAAGGGGAAAACACCAUCUCUCACCAAUUGUUCACCAUGAAGUCCUUCCGCGCCGCCAACGCGCUUCUGCGCACCAACUCUGCUGCCUCGAAUGCCAUCUCCCGCGCCGCCGCCCCUCUAGUAACCGCCUCCGGCUCUCCCGCCUGCCAAUGCCUCCUCACCACCCCCCGCACGACCCUCCCUCAGACUCCCUUGACCGUCCGCCCCUUCUCAACAACCCCCAUCCGCCCCGGCAAAAAAGACAAGAAACCCAAGCGCGGCGGCAGCAACGAAGAAGCUGAAGAGCCGCCCGCCCGUGGAGGAAAGAAAGACAAGAAGGGCUCUUCUAAAAACAGCUCCUCCUCCCCCGCAGAAGAGUCAUCAUCCUCCAGCAACGACCCCAAAGACCCCAACCGCCCCAUCCCCUCCCCCGAAACGCCCUACGACCUCUCCGACCUAACCUACGCCUUCGACCGCGCCGACAAGCACUACCUCGACGCCCUCAAGACCUUCCGCUCCGGCUCGCGCUUCUCCGCCGACUCCAUCGGUUCCUUACCCAUCUUCCCCGACAAGAAAGAUACUUCCCUCUCUUACCCCCUGCGCGACCUAGCAACAGUCGCACAAGUCUCGGGCUCAGGCCGCAAAUGGUCCAUCCUGUGCUUUGACGAGUCGUCUGUAAAACCUAUUAUGAGCGCGGUACAAAAGUCCCCGGACUUUAACCAGCAGCCGCAAAGAAGCGAAGAGAACCCCUUGGAGCUGACGAUUACCGUGGAGCCGGAACGGGCGGAGGAUCUCCAAAAGAGAGUGAAGGAGCUGUGUCAGCUGUGGAGAGAUAAACUUAGGGCGGAGACCCAUAAAAGAGAGGCGGUGCAUAAGAAGUGGAAGCAGCAGGAGAAGAUAUUGGAUGAUGAUGUCAAGGCACUGAAGACCAAGGUGCAGAAGUUGCAGGAUGAGAGGAUGAAGGCGGUGGCGGCGAGGGAGAAGGAGGUUUGUAAUGCGGUGAUGGCUAGGAAGUGAGGACUUGGGGGAUAAGAGAUUCUUGUGGGUGUGUAUUAUUAUCUUUGUGUGUUUGUGUGGUUUCGGACAGUGUCGAGAUGGGAGUCGGAAUACCAUUGCGUUUAUACCGUAGUUGCUUGAGACUUUAAGUUCAGAGUUCGUGU